AUCCACAUUUUGUGUCUGAUACAUGCUUUUAAGGGGGCUCGUAGCCCUUUCGAGAGGUCUACUUUCAUAGGCUCCCUGGCAUCCUGUUUUGUGCCUGUUUCUCACGUGUACUAUCGUUGUUACAUGCUGAGCUAGUGGGUGUAGUAAGAGGAAGCUUGUGUUGUUAAAUAUAGACUUAUGUUGGUAGUGUGCAGUUAAAUGCUGUGAAACACACACACAUAUACGUGUGUGUGUGUGUAUGUAUAUAUGUAUGUAUGUGUAUGUGUAUGUAUAUAUAUAUAUAUAUAAAGGGUCACUACUGCUCGCUGUCAUGGUUUCUUAAAGUGGUUAUGUGUAGCUGAGCUUUGCUUACUAGUAAACUUUUUGCUGUUUCAGUAAGCCAGUGCUGCCCAGUAGUGUAUGGUAAAGAGCUAAUCAGGAUUUGUUGAAACAUACUGGUAAUAGGAGAGCUUUCAUUAACACAUACAGAAGUAAGUCUUAUUUUAUUCCAGUUGUAUAAAUCCCUCUGUCGUUGCAGUACCAGGAGCUAGCUUGCUUGUUGGCACAGUUGCAGAAUAUCAGUAUGCUUGUAUUGUGUUAAUACUGCAGCCAUGGAAAAAUCUGUUUUAUAAAGAGGGUAAUUCAGGGUUACUGUACAGUAUGUGUCUAACCUUCCAUGUCCUUUCUCUUUUUAUGUUCUUUUGCCUCUUAAACAAAAUAAAAUAUGAAAUCCAUUUUUAUGAAAAGCUGCUGUUCUGUCCUUCAAAAAAAACACUGCUUGUCCUCGUGACUUGGUGCUACUGGAUGGCUUACUGCGUUGAUUAAUUUGGUUUCUGUAUGUUUUUUCUGUGUUGAUUAUGUGUGCAUAUCAGAUGACUAGAGUGGCCCAGGCGUUACAGUACUACACUAGCCUGACUCAAGGCUUUGUUUUCCAAGCCACUAAACCCGCUGGGGCCCACGCUGCCUUCAAGGGGGGAUUGUGACCAGGAUCGUAGCCGCUGAACCUUCCAAGAUGGACACCUUGUCUCUUUUUUUUUUUUUUUUUUUUUUUUUUUUUUGACUUUGUUUGUUUUCUCUGACAUUGUCCCUUGUUUGCCACUUAGAAGAGCCUAUUGCAUAUUCAUUGUGUUGUUUUCAUUUUGUUUUUUUUUUGUUUUUUUUUUUUGUUUUGUUUGUUUUUUUUUCUGUUCCCAAUCCCCUCCCUUCCUCCCUUUCCUAAUCCAGUUGCACUCUUUUUGCAUACCUCUCAGUGCUGUCCAGGUUGGUGUCCAGUAAUGGAGGGAGAAUUGAACGGUAUACAGGCAGCUGUGACUGGCGAUUACAUCUCUCUCUCUCUCUCACUCUCUCACUCUCGCACUCACACCUGUCUCUCUCUCUCUCUCUCUCUCUCUCUCCUGUCUCUCUCGUGCUUCUGCAUUGAAAUGGUCACGGUUUCACUUUGACUGAAGGGUCCUUUACAAUACCCAGAAAUACAUUUUCAGUUUACUGAAAAGUGUGUGUGUGUGUGUGUGUGUGUAUGUACACACAUGUACAUGUGUGUGUGAAACUAUUGUAGAUCUUGUGAUUCCACUCUCAUGACCAGGCCUGAGGAAAUUAUAGUAGCAAUAGUAUGUAUUAAUAUUUGUCAUUUAAUUAAGGGAAUUCCAUAGAUUUUUUUUAAUUCAAUGGUUGAGAUGUAAACACACUCAUUCAGAGUGGUCUGAUGUGAAAUGAUUAUAGUGUAACUUGCCAACAAUUUUAUUUUUCUACUGGUGGUGAAAGAAAUCGGGGUCACCGUGUUUACAGCACAUAUGUAACUGUUUUAUUUCCAAAAUGGCCAUGGUAAAAUAGUGGUAAAAGUUUUUAUUUGAGUAUUAUUUUGUCUUAAACACCCUGCAUACACUCUUCUGCUCUAAAUGGGUUUUAAAUCCUUUUUAGACUAAGCCUGCAUAUUUGUAACAAUUUUUUUUGUUAUGACUUUCUGGGAGGUAGCUUAUAGAGCUCUUAAACUCAGACCUCUUGUUUCCUGUGACCACUACUGUGGACAAGUCUGACUCUUAACUGCUCCAUUCCAGAGACACUUGUCAUCAAACUGCUCUGAAUGACUAUGUUCUAACAGUUUAAUUAUGCAGAACUUAAGAAAAAUGAAAAAUCAAUGGAAUUCCCUUUUUGUUCUAGUCUGGGACUUGCUAAUGCUCAGAUCCAUUUAAGCUUUUUUUUUCUUCACCCACAUUAUUUUUUCAAGCCUCUCAAACACCAUUGCUUAAUUUUUGAAGAUCAUUAUCACUUAAAUCUUAAUGCAAUAAACAUGCAUAAAAUAUCUGUUUUACUGAAACUGGCUGAGUAACCUGUAGGGUUAAAAAAAACAAAACAAAACUUGUUUCUUUAGCAGGGACUUUUUUGGGGGGAAGGGAUUUUGGAAAGACACUUAAAAUGUUCUUUUCUUCUGUAUCUGAUGUUCUGUGUGCUAUUAGUGAUGCAGCCAACAUGAACGGUUGUCUUGUGUUGCACACCCUUUCCAACACUGCGACACGAUCGCCCCAGGGAGAAAAGCGCCCAUGCUUGAUAUCGUAUGGUUCAUGACCAUUAUGUUUCCAGUACAGGAAAGAUCCCUGAGGAGGCCAAGGCUCUGUCCCUUCUGGCACCUGCAACCCCGGUCACCAGCUUGAUGCCAGGUGGAGGACUGCUGCCCAUCCCAAGUCCCGCCCCACUUCAGAAUCUUGGUCUGCCACUGGCUAGCCGGGGGCCGAUUUCAGCUGGUCUGGACUCCUCAGUGGCAGCACUAAGUGUAAUCCCCUCCCAGCCUCCCAUCAUGGGCAACGUGGACCCCUCCAAAAUUGAUGAGAUCCGGAGAACCGUAUAUGUUGGCAAUCUUAAUUCUCAGACCACCACAGCAGAGCAGCUGCUGGAGUUUUUUAAGCAGGUUGGUGAAGUGAAGUUUGUGCGGAUGGCAGGAGAUGAGACACAGCCCACCCGUUUUGCAUUCGUAGAGUUUGCCAACCAAGAGUCUGUGGCAAGAGCACUCGCUUUCAAUGGAGUCAUGUUUGGAGAUAGACCUUUAAAGAUCAAUCAUUCCAACAAUGCCAUAGUGAAGCCUCCAGAGCUUACACCACAGGCUGCAGCUAAAGAGCUGGAAGAUGUGAUGAAGAGAGUGAGAGAGGCUCAGUCCACCAUUGCAGCAGCCAUUGAACCAGCAGAGAGCAAGAAACGCUCAUCCAGUAGAUCCAAGCCCUCCAGAAGGUCCCGAUCACUUUCACAUUCUCCCUCGCGUUCCUGUUCCCGCUUGCAACGAAAACGCUCCCGAUCUAGACACAGAGGACGGACAUCACAGAGGUCACGGCAAAGAACCAGCGGCUCGCAGAGUUUACACAAGAGACGCUCGCGAUCCAAAGACAAGAGACGCAGCCGUUCACGAUCGCGCUCAAGGGACAGACGGAAAGAUAAGGAUGGAAAGACAAGGAGAGGAGAUAACAGCAAAGACCGGAGAAGAGACAAGAAGGUCAGGACGCCUCCCAAAGGCUAUGGCCAGUCCCCUCGAUCCCGCAGCACUAGCAGAGGCAGUUAUAUAAAUUGCAGAGGUCACAGAAGGAGAAGCAGAACACACUCCAGAUCCCCAAAAAGAAAUGCAAGGUCUUCUUCACCAAAGAGAGGGAAGAAAGAGAGGAAGCGUGUGCGGGACAGCAGCAGGGAGUGGAGGGAGAGGUCAACGUCCAGGAGGAGGAGCAGCAGAGACUCUGACAGACAGGAGCACAAAGCCAAGACCACCAAAGCUGGAAAACAGUAUGAGGAGAGGGAUUAUGAGAGUGAAGCUGACGGUUCUGAUUCAGUCGCCAGUGAAGAUCGCUCUCCCCAGGCCCAUCACAAUGGUAGCUACAGCAGCACACACGGGGAGGAAGAGGAAUUCUCCACAACUGAGUGACCAAGCUAAAAUCUAUAUUGAGCUGACCCAGGAACAGCCAUGGUGACAGGGGUUCCAUCAUGUGUAACUGGCAGGUAAUUUGGGAAACGGGUCUUAGAACUGGUUAAAGAAGUGUAAUGUACUUUUCAUAAAUUUCCAUGUCCUUCUGCAUAGUGUUUUCUUAAGCUCAAGAGAUCAUGCUUCAGCUUCACCAGAAGCUCUUUUCUGCCAAGGUCAGCCUACUGUUUGUUAUAUGGUAACUCAUGAAAUAUGGACCUAAUGUGUGAUGCUAUGUAAGAGAUGCUUGGAUGUUAUGUUUUUUUGGGUUUUUUUAGUUCUUUUACACAUGUGCACAGUUACUUAUUUGUGUUAAUGUCUGUUUUUACAUUACUUAAAGAUGUGGAAACACUAUUGUAUGUUUUUCAACAUUUUAGUCUUGUGCCCUUUCUGCCCAUCGUACUAAAAUACAGAGCCAUAAAUACUGUGUAAGCCAGGGGUGCUCAUUUAAAAUCCUGGAGAUCUACCAGAGUUUACCUCUCAGCCCAGUCUAACACACAUGAUCUGGGUAAUAAAGGCCUUCAGGGCUUUAUUAGAGAAUAUUGAAUACUGAAUAUUAGAGCCAGGUGUACUGGAUCAGAACUCUCCAGGGUGGUAGCUUUUGGACCAGGAUUAGGCACCCCUGGUAUGAGCACACAUUUUUUGUUAUUGGUCAUUGUGGUUAACUAAGAAAAUGCUCUCAAAACAGAGUUUACUGACCAGAAAUGGGACUUCAGGGGACCUUUGUGAAAAAUGAUACAUAGCAUGUAAAAAGUGCCUGGAAAAUUGUAAGCAAAAUAUUAAAUAUAACAAUGGAAAAGAUAUAUCCAUUACAUUUGUCUCACAACUUACUGACAAAGCUGACAUGCUGUUUUCAGUUGUAUUUUUAAACCAUACUUUGCCAAAAACAAUGAUUAGAAGAUGA